AUGGGUCUCAGCAGGCUUCGCGUAGAUAUCUUUCAGAAGGAACGUUCUCUUGUUAAUGAAACCUCAAUAGCGAAUGUGUCAUCUUUAAGAUUACUUGGAUCAAAUAUUGAGCAGAAUUUUAGCAUGGAAAAUUGUGAAAACAGAGGUAGGAAAUGCAAAACGAUACUUGAUACAAUCUCAAGAAUAUUUGUAACUGCACCGUUUCAAGUUCGAUUACACCUAUAGAAAAUAUGUUUGGGACAGUUCUUGAAUACGGAUACAAUCUUUGCGAUAGCUCCUUCAAAACUCAUCUAUCUAUCCGCGACAGUGUAC